AUGGAUAAAAUUGAGCAACAUGCAGUUAUCAAAUUCUUUGUAAAGAAAGGUUUAAAAGCAAUGGAAAUUCAUACCGAAAUGGUGAAUGUGUUGGGUGAAUCUGCUACUUCGAAAACAAUGGCUUGCAAGUGGGCUAGUUUAUUCAAAAGUGGUUGUACUAGCCUUGAAGACGAUACGCGAGAGGGACGUCCAAAAAUUGCAUCAACACCGGAAAUAAUCGAAAAAAUACAAGAUAUGGUAUUGGAAGACCGGCGAUUGACUGAAAGAGAUUUAACAGAGGCUUUAAGCAUUUCAUUGGGCACAGUGAGCAAUAUUUUGAAUGUUAAUUUGGGUUUCAAAAAACUCUGUGUAAAAUGGGUGCCGCAUUCUCUAACGAUGGAGCAAAAACACAUUCGGAUGAGACUUUUGCAACAUUUGGAGCGUUUUAAGAAGAAUAAAAGUGGCUUUAUCCAUCUAUUUAUCACAAUGGAUGAGGCUUGGGUCUACCAUCAUGAUCCUGAAUCAAAACAGGAGGCUAAGGAGUGGUGUGAACCCGGCUCUUCGGCGCCGAAGCAAGUUCGUGUGCAAAAAUCAGCCAAGAAGGUUGCUGGUCACGGGACUACCGGCUAUUCCCCAUCUCAGAUGCUCUCCGGUCGUGACCUUUCUCUGCUUUGUGAUCUCUUCUUUGGUCGCCUUCCGGAUGCUCCUAGGGAGUACAUCCAAAAUCUCCAAGCACGGUUUGAAGUGAUGCAUAGUUUUGCUCGAGAGCGAGUCAAUUUGGCGACGGAGGAGAUGAAGACCCGAUAUAACAUGAGAGCUGCAGGACAUUGA